CAAAAAAAAUCUGAUGGUGUCAGAAAGGUUGAACGCUCAACAACAUAGUUCUUAACUUUAAUUGAAUAACAAUGCUAUUGGUCUCGGGUCUUUGUUUUGUACAUUGAAGAGAUAUUUGCUAAGGAGCCAGCUCAUUUUGACUGCAACUUUCUACACAAAUACUUAUAACCCUCUUAACUGCUAUAAAUACAAGGCUUGGAUCAAACCAAGUGAUCACCAAACUUAAAGAAAGAGAGAUAGUAAUCAUGGAGCAGAUCCUCUCUAACUCAAACCCUUUCCUUCUAACUCUUUUAGCUUUGUUCCCACUUAUCAUCUUCGCACUUAUCAAGAAAAACAACAAAUCAAGAAAGCUAAACCUUCCUCCAUCGCCCCCAAAGCUUCCCUUCAUCGGAAACCUCCACCAAAUCGGCGACUUACCACACAAGUCACUCCACGACCUCUCCCUCAAACACGGACCAUUCAUGUUCGUAAACUUCGGAGCAACUCGAUACCUCGUGGUCUCAUCCGCUGCCGCUCUUGAAGAGAUCUCCAAGAACCAUGACAUUGACUUCUCGAACCGACCCGCUAUCGCUAGCCUUCAAGGUCUAAAGGGUAACGGCCAAGACAUGGUCUAUCAUCCUUACGGAGACCACUGGAAGCAGUUGAGGAAAGUGGGCGCUCUUCAUCUCUUGAACAAAAACGCUGUCAACAAGUUUCAGACAAUGAGAGAUGAAGAGAUCUCGAGUAUGUUGAAGACCCUUGAUGUUCAUAACGUGAAAGGCGAAGAUGUCGAUAUAACGGAUAUAUUCAACAUCGUGGUGAGCAAUAUCUUUCUUAGGUCGUACACGGGUAGUACCCAUAAGGAAGAUAAGACCACGAAGAAGUUUUUGGAUUGGGAUGUUAAGUUCAAGAAGCUCAUGGGAGCUUUCUGUGUUGCUGAUAUGUUCUCGAGCUUCGCUUGGGUCGACAGAUUUACGGGUUUUACAACUCUUUUAAAGAACAUCUACUCGGAGUUGGACGGUAUCAUGGAUAAACUCAUCAAUGAAAGAGAGAAGGAGAGCUAUGUGGACGUUCUUGUUCGUCUACGAGACGUCGAAAAAAAUGACUACGAUGUCAAAGCUAUCAUGAAGGGAACGUUUGUCGCGGCUAUAGAAUCCGUAGCACUGGAGCUUGAGUGGCUAUUCUCGGAACUAAUCAAGAACCCUGAAGUUUUAAAGAAAGCACAAGAAGAAGUACAGCGCAUAGUUGGGACCAAAGCUGAGAUAACCAGUAAUGAAAUAGAACAAAUGCAUUAUUUGAGAUGUAUCAUUAAGGAGACGUUGAGGCUUCACCCACCAGGUAUAGUUCCAAGACAGACAUCUUCCAAGUGGAUAAAAGUAGGUGGCUACGAUAUCCCUCCCAACACCAAAGUACUUGUGAAUCUCUUUGCGGUCCAACGUGAUCCUAAGGACUGGGAGAAACCUGAUGAGUUUAUCCCUGAGAGGUUCAUGGAGAAGCACGUUGACUUCAUGGGGAGCAAAGGGUACGUUCCGUUUGGGUUUGGUCGUAGGAACUGUCCCGGUAUGGCUUAUGGUAUCGCGUUGCUCGAGGAGAUUAUAGCUAAUCUCUUGUACCGGUUUGAUUGGAAGAUGUAUGACGGUUCUAAACCGGAAGAGCUUAGUAUGGAGGAGAUAUCUCAGUUUGUUGUCACUAGAAAGGUUCCUCUCAGGGUUAUACCAGUUCGCAGGGUGUAGUUUUCUCAACGAAUAUGGUUUUGUUAAUAAGAUGUGAUGUGAAAUAAUAAUAUGGGUGAAAGUUUUAAGUUUUUUUUUUGUUUUUGAAUAAUAAUGUUGAAUAAGAUGAAAAGUAAUGAUAAAUGAAACUUUGAUAA